AAGUAUGAAAGCUAUGUGCCGGAAGCAACAUUCAACGUUCCACCAAAUUUAUAAAUUCAAGCUCUCAAUAACACGUUUCUUCGUCUUCUUCGAUUUGCCUUAGAUUUUUCUUUUUGAUCGUUUUUCUCGAGAAAAUCCCAAGUGGGAAAAUGGGUCUUUUUGAUCUGGAGGAGCACUUUGCGUUUUACGGAGCAUACCACAGAAACCCAGUUAACAUUUUGCUACACACCUUGUUUGUGUGGCCCAUAUUUUUCACUGCCCUUAUUCUUUUCUACUUCACGCCUCCUCUUUGUGAUCUAUCCCAUAUUGGGUUCGUCCCAUCAGCGUUUCUUGAUCAAGGCUAUGUAUUGAAUUUCGGUUUCUUGUUUGCUCUGUUCUACGGUUUGUUCUAUAUGUGUUUGGAUAAGAAAUCUGGGUCUCUGGCUGCUUUGCUCUGUCUUGUUUGUUGGGUUGGUGCCAGCUCUGUUGCGAUGAGGCUUGGGUUUUCACUCGCUUGGAAGGUUGUAUUGGCAUCGCAGUUGUUCUGUUGGACAGGACAAUUCCUCGGCCAUGGAGUGUUUGAGAAACGGGCUCCUGCUCUCUUGGAUAACCUUGUUCAAGCCUUUCUGAUGGCACCAUUCUUUGUAUUGCUGGAGGCUCUGCAAUUCUGCUGCGACUAUGAACCAUAUCCGGGGUUUCAUGAGGGCGUAAAAGCAAAAAUUGAAGCUGAACUUAAGGAAUUCGAGGGCAGAAAGCAAAAUAAAAUUUCUUAGCUGUAAUGGUGAAGUAUGGAUAUAUAGCUCAUUAAGUAACUCUUUAUACAAAUGAAAAGAAAUUUUCCACAGCCAUGUAUUAUCUCCCAAGUGCAAAGCAGGACUAGCAGUUAUUAGCCCUGUAAUUAUGAAUUAUUCUGUGAAAUAAAAUUAUCUGUUGGCCCUAA